AUGCAAUUUAAGGAAGGUUAACGGAUUGUUGAAAUUUUUUAAAAGCAUAACAUUAUUAAAAUAGAUGGAAUUUUAAACACGAUACAGAGAAGAGAUAGCAAUGAAUCCAAGGAAACAAAUCAGUAUGUUAGGGAUAAGGAGAAAUAAGAUAUUGAAAAUAUAAGAAAGGAGUUAAAUUUGAUGUUAUUAUAACAGAAUGAUAGAGUGGUUCUUAUUUAAUAUGAAUAAACGAGUAAUGUAGAAAAAAAAUAAUUUAUCCUUGAUUAAGGAGUAAAUGCUAAAUUAUUUAAUGAAAAGAAAAGCAGAAAUUGA